AUGAAAUUGGUUGAUAUUUUACUCUUACUGACUGCAGCAGCAACCACUAAUGCAAUAUUGAUCCCGACUGAUAACGAUGAUUCACCCCAAGCAUCAGGCACUUCAAGCCAAGUGUCUGAUCCAACUGAUAAACCCAGUCCAGGCACUUCCAAUGAAUAUCAGCAAGAACCAGUGGAUUUAAGCCUUUCCGACCGGAUCCGGCAACAACCAAUGGAUCAACCCGGUUUAAACACUCCCACUCAAGGUCAACAAUCGACAGCAACUAUAACUGGUCCAAGUACUUUCAAACAAGGUCGAAAGCGCAUAAUGGAUGUGAUUGAUUUACUGAUUUCCAGACAAAACCAGCAACAACAAAUUGAUGAAGUUGAUCCAAACGCUUCCAAACAAAGUCAGCAACAACAAUCAAUGGAUCAACCCAGUCCAAGUACUCCAAAACAAAGUCGGAAACGGCCAAUCAAUGAAAUCAGUCCAAGCAUUUCCAGUCAAGCGUCUGGUUCAACUAAUGAACCCAGUCCAAGUGCUCCAAAGCGAGAUCGAAAACAACCGAUUGAUCAACCCAGUCCAAGCACUUCCAGUCAAGACCAACAACAACCAAUGGGACAAGGCGAGUCUGCUAAUACUGUUCCAAAUCAAAUAGCUGGAUUAAGCCAAAAAUAUCAGAGAACCUUUGAUGGUAUAAAGAAAAAGUUUGUAGCGUCUAAAAAGAUUGUAAAAGAAAAAUGGAAAGCCUAUAAUGAAUAUAUAGCUUUUGGAUUGGAGCAAUGGUCAGCGCUAGCAAGAGGGGAAGAGAUAUCUAAACCAAAGUACAGUCCAGACACUGAAAAGAAAUUGGAACAAGAGUAUAGAGAUGCAAGCAGAAGAGUAUACAUUAUCAGACAAGAAUUGAAAAGGUUUAUGAUAAAGCAUGGUUUGGAAUUUCAAGAACCGAAUUAG